UUCAUUCGUCACAGCACGUUGGUGAUCUUAUUUGAGCCAUAUUUUCGACGUCGCUUCGGCAACGAUGGGAAGUGUAUGCUGUGACAGUUCUACGAUUGUUUGUAUAAAGGCAAGGUUGACACUUGUUGGUGGCGAACGAAUAUGCUGAAGGUAACCAGAAGCACCGAAAGUAUAAUCCACCGGAGCAAAUAAUCAUUGUACAAAAGCACGAGAAGAAUCAAACUGUGUAACAACUGUGUAGGUAAACAUCGACACGACAGAACAUCGGACAGAGUGUCUCGAAGGAGCCAAUAGAAACAGUGCAGACAUGUAAUUGUGUACGCAAUGAGCAACAUCGAAAGACCAUGACGCUCGUGAAAGGUUAGCAGUAUUCACAGAUGAAUGAUACUGAGUAACUGAUAAUAGAAAACUAGUGACAAUGAAGGGAAGCGUCAUUAUAUAGGCGUCACUAUCAGAAUUUCAGGUCAAAAUGUCUGCGGCGAGUAGAACCGAUCUGCUUCCCACUAUCGAUGAAUGCUCAGUGCGAACUAAAGACCAUUACAAGCUGGUCGUGCUCGGUGAUUCAAAAGUAGGGAAGACUUCAAUCAUCCAUCAAUUUCUUUACGGUAAAAUGCCCCCAAAGUACAGCGCCACUGUCGAAGAGUUCCACCAAGGAGAAUUCGAUCUGAACGGAACAUCGUUGACAUUGGACAUUGUCGACACUGCUGGUUCUUACCCGUUUCCGGCCAUGAGACGCUUGGCUAUCACAACAGGCGAUGCGUUUAUUCUCGUCUACUCGAUUGAUAGUCAGAAGUCCUUCGAACAGGUACGAGCACUCCGUGACGAAGUUCUCGAAUACUGUAAUCGGCAGGCACACAUUAUAGUGGUUGGUAAUAAAGCUGAUCUUGAAGAACGAAGGCAAGUUAAGAAAGAACUUGCAGAGACCCUCGUUGAAAUUGACUGGGAACAUGGUUUCAUUGAGACGUCAGCUCGUUCCAAUGUGAAUAUUUUGCAGAUCUUCAGAAAACUGAUGAAUAUAUCGAAGAUCCCGAUGGAGCUAACGCCAAAAGUUCUCGAGAAACAACGUCGAAAGUCUCUGCCAGUUCACAAUACCCAGCCAUCCCUUAGGGACCAAACACUUCUUAAACGAAAUUCCUGCAACGUAUCAUAAACCAAUCGAACUUCUGAAGCCCUAAGGCAAUAUCGAUCGUAUCUAACCGGCGCGACGCUUGCUUUCGAAUUUACCGGGUAGGCCUCGAAGUAGUUUCGGCGUAUUUCAUUUUCAUCGUAACAAAUCAGUGAAUCAUCACCAAAUGUCAUGAACAGCAUAUAUAACUCGUAUACAAUAACCAGGAAAAAAACAAGUGGAAUCGAGGCAUCAGAUACGUCAAUAAUAGUGGUUAAGAUGUCUGCUAGAAAACUAACGGACACCAAUAGGACGGAGGGCGCAUAACGCCGCAAACACGAUGAAGUCCAAGAAGAAUCGCGGACUUGCAAGCCAGCCGUAGAAAAAUUAGAUAUCCUGCAUAGAGGCGAAUGCUGCGUGUCGAUGCCAUGUUCUAAGAAAAGUCGCUAUUUCUAACGUCCACUUCUUAUCCAAUUGUGGACCGAAGGAACACGUUCACCCAACUUCCAGCUCAUCUCAAUUCCUUAACGUCGACCUUGAAUCUCGAAAAGCGAAGCAAAACCAAAGGAAUGCAUAGAGGAUAAUGACAAAAAUACCUAGAACUACUGCUCAUAUCAUCCAUUCGCUAUGAGGUAUUUGGGGGUAGGCAAAAGACUAAAAGUACCUAUACCCAAAAUAAGACAUAUUGCUUCUUCCGAUAAGCCGAAUAAUAUCGAAAAUUUACAUUAAUUACCCAAAUGAAAAUGAAAAACACACAAAAAUUGCAUAGAUGAUAGUCAUUCGCAUAUAAUUUUUAUUAAAUAAAAACAAAUAAACAUUCAAUACUGGAAAAACGCUUAGAGAAAGGUAGGGAAAGAUGCGUGAACCGAAGUCUUUCGAAAAUAAGACUGAUAAAUAAACGAAGCAAAAAAAACGGAAAAUCCUAUACAUGCGACACAUAUAUACAGCAUACGCGUGCAUAUAGCUUACAAAUCAUUCACAUGGAUAUCUACACGAAAAUACAACCAGCUAAGUACAAUACGAAAAUAUUUUGAAGAAUAUGGAAAAAAUAUGCCAAAAACCUUAUUGGCUUCGAACUAUGGGGUUCAGACAUUCGCCUGAUAAUGAUACUGAGAAAAAAAUUGCACCGUGCUAACACGAUGUAUAUGUUAGAAAUCAAAAGUAUAAUUAUUAAUGUAGAAAAAAUGAAGAAGUUAAUAAAUAAACGACCUACUUAAUAAAUUGAUACUACAGCGUCUCUAGUACUAUGGCUUGCUGUCCUCACUAUCGUAGCAUUUAUAUAUAUAUAUAUAUAUACAUACCAGCCUGCAAAUAGCAACUAGCUAUUUGUGCUCUGGACAGACGGGCAGAAUAUUGAUCGAAGUUUCAAUUGACAGGCAGCCUGUAUAGGGGUAGAAGGAAUUUCGAAGCACGCACUUCUUCAUUUUUUUUUUCUCAUGAAUAACUGUAUCUGUUUGGCCUCAUAAAGUGACCAGUUAAAACUAUAUAUGAGCUAAGCGAGAAAAGAAAACUCUCGGUAAAGAAAUAUCUGCUAUUGGGUAUCAAUUGUAGAGCAGCCUUUAUUACGUCCAUUUCAAUAUCCGUUAUAUAGAGAUCCAUCAAAUAAAGCCAUGUGACUUGGAUCAUUUCAUAUAUUUUCCCGUUGCGAAUAGUAUUAUUAUUAGAGUGCAGCGCGGCUAGUUUCAACUUUGAAUUUCCCGCUUUGUAAGUACGUGCGUCUGCUAUUCUUUGAGCAGUAGCUUGAUAACAACAUGAUGCGUAACGUUCCCCAUACAUUCGGCUGACAAACAACAAUUAAGCCUUGUCAAUAGUCGACUACGUCCAGAGCUAUCGGUGAGGAAGAUAGAUAGGCGCUACUAGAAGCGAUACAGAACCCGACUCUGAGGUAUAAUUGUAAUUUAUGAAAAUCCAUUGCAUCCACUCACACAUUCAAUGUUUCGCUCCACGGAUCAUUUUAUAAAACGUAAACAUUGUCAAACUCUAAUAAAUGCAGAUAAGAUUAAUAGCUGAAAAUUACAAUAUUAAGGACGAUAAGGUGCAGUUAUCGUAGGUGUUAUUUUUGUUACUGGAUUUUUCCUUUAGCAAAUUGAAAUAUGGGCAAGUCUACGUUAUAGCAAUGGAGACAUAUGGGCCAACGAAUUAAAUGUCUUUGAUUGAUAUUUUGUUAACAAAUCAUUAAUGACUGUAAUUCUUCUUCUUCUUGUAGCAGAUGUUCUCAGAUUAAAUAAACUUUCGCCCACCUUA